AUGGAGCCCAACGCCGUCCCCAGCGGCGACUCCUCCGCCCCCUUGGCCUCGGCAGCAGGCUCGUUCAAGCUGCCGGACCCUACCGAGCCAGCCAACAAGCAACUCCAAGACUCUCCUCCAGACAGGAGGUUCCCAGCGGCCCUCGUUCGCAGGCCAAGGGGCAGCCUCACACAGAGCCGCAAACCCACGAUGCUGCGCAUGGUGCUAGAGGCGCUGCAGGCGAGCGAACGGCGCCGAGGCACGUCAGUGAUGGCCAUCAAGCUCUAUAUCCUGCGCAAGUAUCCGACUGUGCACAGCCUGCGCUUCAAGUACCUGCUCAAGCAGGCCCUGGCCACCGGCAUGAGUCGAGGCCUCCUCACCAGGCCCCUCCACUCCAAGGCCAAGGGUGCCACUGGCAGCUUCAAAUUGGUGUCCGAGCACAAGAGAACACAACUCAGCAAGGCCAGGAUGGCCAGGAAGGGGAAGGCCGGAAAAGCGGGGAAGGCCAAGGAGCCAGUCUCCAAGAAACCUAGAGAGGCCAGACCAUUCCAGGUGGGACAGGCACACAAGAAGCCAGGUGCUGUGGGGAAGGUGCCUCCUAAGCCAGGUGCAACCAAGAAGGUCCCCAAGAAAGGCAAAGAGGCCAAAGACAGGGAGGUCAAACGGGGCCAGGCCAGGAAGGCUCCCAGGAAGUCAAACAAGGCCACACAGGCCUCUGCUGGUCCUAAGAACAAUGGGAAACCAAAGGUCAAAGGCCACAGGAAAAGCCAAGGAAUCCAGCCUGCCCCUCCGGGAGAGGCCAAAGCUCCCAGGAAAACCAGUGCCGCCGACAGCAAGAGUUCUAAAACCACAGCCAGAAAGGUCAAAAACAGUGGUGUUGCUUCCCUGACUAAGAAGAAGACAGCAGCCAAGGGCCCUGAAGCAGCAGCAGCCUCAGGAGAUAAGGAGAGACCCAAAGCCAAAGCCAGCACUUCCACUAAGGGCCAAGGGUCCAAGGCUGGGUAUGCACACCUGGCUGGGGAGCCAAAGGCUCCCAGGAGUUCAAGAAAGCCUGGGCUGUCUGUCAAGGCCUCAGCACCCAAGGCCUCACCGUCCAAGAAGGGAAAAGCCAGGAGCUCGGGGCCCAGCUGA